AUGACCCUGAAACAGCCCCUCUCUGCACGCUUCUCCAAAGAGCCGCUAGCCCAGACUGCUUUUGGGCUCUCAGCUGGACUGCACGAGCCUGGCAGAGCGAGCGACAGCUUUGACCUCGUGACCAGCGCGACCUUGCAAGCACGACAUGGCGAGAGUGCUGCCACCUCAGGACCAAACGAGCGACAGAGCUACAGAGGCCAUCGCACCAAUGCUUCCCAGCAGCUCUAUGGCGGCAUCCCGAUCCCUUGCGGAUCACCCAGCUUGCCCUCUCGCGUGGAGACACCGGCAGAACUCGGCCUCGGCUUGACGGAGAGCUUUGACAAACACGCUAUCGAUGUCAAGCAUGUGCCAGACAUCUCCGUCAACGGAGACACGCGCGCCAGGUCAUUGACUGAGCCUCGCGCGCUGGCCCACGUCGUCGAUCAUCAUCAUCAUCACCACCACCAACCUCUGUACUUCCCGGUCGGAUCGCCGCCCUUGCCCGAUCAUCACAUCGUCUCGAUGCAGAGUCUGCCCAAAGCAGCCUCCCAGCUGACCUCACCGCACGGCUACUCUCAGUCUCCCUCAUCAUACCUUCCAUCGAUGACCUCAAAGUACUAUCAGCCGGUAGCAUCGCCCGAUCCGGCCCACUAUGGAUACCAACGGCCGCAUGCAGUCAAUGCACAGAACGAUCAUGCAGGAUCUGUACCUCAUCAGCGCGCCUAUAGCUUCUCGACGGGCUACACGACCGGCUAUGCGCCUUAUGCUUCAUCGAGCGCGUCCAAUUAUGGCGCGCGACUCAACGGACAAGCAUCUCAUCUGAUUUCACCGACCAUGGCCUAUCCUGGAACGCCUGGUCCUUCCUCCUGGUCAUCGGCCGGCUCGAGCUAUGGAGGGUCUGCUCGUUCGACCACGCCAGGCCUGACGCGUCAUCAGCCCUACCCUCCCACCGCGCAGAGUAACGGCUCCCGUUCGUACAAGACCUCAGGUGCCGAACGUACCCGAAAAGGUAGUCUCGCUCUCCCACCGGAGAUCUACAGUCCUCCGUCCACCUCUCUUGCUCAUCCUGGCCUGCCCAACUCGCCACAACAGAACCUGCAUCUCAUGUCAGGCUAUGGUCCCAGCUUUGCAGGCGGUAUCCCUCAUAGCGCAACGGCCAUCCUUCCCUUCCCGAGCGAUGGCCCUCCUCCCAUCAAGUCGACCUUUACAAGCGGCCGCCGUAGCUCGAAUGGCAAAGCAACACGCUUUGUGGCCACAAUGAUCGAACUCCUCAACGAUCCUGACCGUCAAGACUACAUUCGUUGGACACCAGACGGUGAUGCCUGGAUCUGUGAUCCCACGCAUCCCUCUUUCGUACCGGAAGUGCUCGAAGCCAACUUCAGUCAUAAGAAUCUUUCGAGCUUUGCACGUCAGCUGAACGCAUACGGGUUCAAGCAUCUGUCUGCUGAUGAAAUACCGGACGAGAUCCCAGACAGCGAGCGUGGCCAAUGGAAAGGUUACCGUCAUCAGCUCUUCCAUCGCGAUCAGCAGAACGGCAUCCAUCUCCUUCGUCCACGUGCUCGCUCGCAGCGCAGAGAAUCGGACGUGCUGCCCAUGGUCCGUUCGCCGCCUCCGGGCUCGAUGAGAAGAGAUUUUACUCGACCGCCGCGCUCGUUCACGCGCAGUCUCACGAGCAUGUAGAAGCAUGCUCCACGCCCGGACAUCGAGAAAGACUUCAGUGGGGCGACCUUUCAUUAUGCAGAGGGAGGAUAGGAAGUGCUCAUCAUCUUGAGCGCUCUGCUGGACAUUUUCGUACAUACAAAUGGACAACAUGAUUGCAG